AAGUUUGUAUCAGCUCUCGGCCAGACGUGACGUUAUUAUAUGUUAAUAUCCCAACUAGUCAUAAUUUAUUUUUUAAUGUAACGGAAAAUUUAUUAAAAAAUGAAGUGUGAAAUUCCUGAAUAUGCAAGAUGCUGCUGCUGUUUUCCAUUAAGAUAUGGACUGCUUGUGUGGGCUUAUACGAAACUGGUUUUAAUCGGAAUAAUAUUAUUUCAAUAUUUUGACUUAAUAAUUACAGCAAUUGCUUCGGAACGAAUUAGUAGCCACAAUGUAGCUCUAUUUGUACUUAUAUUUAUAAUAACAAUAUUCUAUUGCGUAGAUUUUGUUUUUCAUAUUAUUUUCAUCAUAAGUGCCCAUAAGAAAAGCACUGCAAUGAUGAAGUUGUUUUAUAAGGAAGCUAUAGUUGGAUUGAUAUUUUACGUUUUUUGCUUUUUUUACUUCCUCGUGUUUUACCUCACGAAGUUUUCUUUCAUGUACCUGUAUUUGGAAUUGGGGCUUUGGUGUCUAUUCGUGUUAGUCAUAAUUGCCCAUGGUUACCUGAUCCUCCUAGUGCGAAGCGAAGUGAGGAAACUUGAAAGAAAUUCUAACUUCCAGUUCACAAACACCGCACAGACGGAAGAGCAGAACAUGAAAGCCGACGCAGGCGUUAUCGCUUGACUUUAGUCUUGUAUCUACCGUUAAUCCAGAAAUGUGCCCUUAUGUAAAUAUAAUAUUAAGUUAUUAUUAUAGUUAUAAUAUUAUUAUAUUUAAAAUAUUUUACUUGACUCACUGUUAGAUUGUAUAAAUGGAUGCUUAAGAUUUUUGGUAUUUUGAGUAUAUUACAAAUAAAACGUUGUGAAUAAAUGAUGUUUGUUCAUUCUCA